CCCACCAACAACAGUAGUCCGUGGUGAGUGUAACAGUGUCCACCUGCAAGAGGUUAUCACCAUAACGAAAUCAAACAAAAAUGGUGACGAAAGCUGCAUGGGCACUCUACAGGCUGAUUUUCUGCGUAGCCGUCUGCAGUGCUGCCACGAGUUUCGGACGAGUCGCUUUCGAAAAACUCUCCGAGUUGGACUACAGGGGCAACACGUAUUUUACAAUUAAAAAUUUAUCUCUUUACGAAUGCCAGGGGUGGUGUAGAGAAGAACCCGACUGCCAAGCCGCAUCCUUCAGUUUUGUUUUAAAUCCCCUGACGCCCGUGCAAGAAACGGUAUGCCAGCUGCAGAAUGAAACUACAGCAACGAACCCAGCAGCGACACCACAGCGUUCGGUCAACCUUUACUACAUGGUCAAGUUGCAGAUAAGAUCAGAUAAUGUCUGCUUGAGACCAUGGUCCUUCGAAAGGGUGCCGAACAAAAUGAUCAGAGGAUUAGAUAACGCCCUGAUAUACACAUCAACUAAAGAAGCAUGUUUAGCUGCAUGUCUAAAUGAGCACCGUUUCACAUGCCGAUCGGUCGAGUACAACUACGUGACUCUCCAGUGCCAUCUCAGCGACUCAGACAGGCGUACGACAGGGCAGUACGUGCAGUUCAUCGACGCCCAGGGUGUCGACUAUUUCGAAAACCUUUGCCUGAAAUCGACCCAGGGUUGCAAGGGAAACAGGAUUUACCAGCUUCCCAGGAUAGGGGUAGCAGACGACAAAGUCGCACAGUAUGUCUCACUACAUUACUACGUCGACAAGGACUUACAGGUCACCAACGAAGCGGAGUGCAAGCUGGCUUGUGAGAUCGAAAACGAAUUCCUCUGCAGGUCUUUCCUCUUCAAGGGCCCUCCAAUCGGCAACUCUUACAACUGCCAGUUGUUCCACCUCGACCACAAGACUCUCCCAGACGGGCCGAGCACUUACCUCAAUGCCGAAAGGCCUCUUAUCGACGACGGACAAAGAGUCGGCACUUAUUUCGAAAACUACUGCGAAAAAACGCCUUCUUCUCAUGAUUCAACACUGCCCAUUGUUUUCGAUACAACGGACGAUCCGACUUUGAACAAUUUAACUCGAUCCGAUGUAAACUGCGAUAAGACUGGAACCUGCUACGAUGUUUCCGUGAACUGCAAGGACACGAGGAUCGCCGUACAAGUGAGGACGAACAAACCGUUCAAUGGAAGGAUUUACGCCCUGGGUCGAUCUGAGACUUGCAACAUCGACGUGCUCAACAGCGACCUAUUCAGACUCGACCUGACGAUGAGCGGUCAAGACUGCAACACCCAAUCUGUCACUGGGGUUUACACGAACACAGUUGUACUUCAACAUCACAGCGUUGUCAUGACGAAAGCCGAUAAGAUUUACAAGGUGAAAUGCACGUACGACAUGUCAUCAAAGAACAUCACCUUUGGAAUGAUGCCCAUAAGAGAUCCAGAAAUGAUCAGCAUCACUUCAGCACCCGAAGCGCCAGCGCCGAGGAUCAGAAUACUCGACACGAGGAGCAGAGAAGUUGAGACUGUCAGAAUUGGUGACAAGCUGACCUUCAGGAUCGAAAUACCAGAAGACACUCCUUAUGGAAUUUUCGCAAGGAGCUGUGUCGCAAUGGCCAAAGACUCUAAAAGCACAUUCCACAUCAUAGACGAUGAAGGGUGUCCAGUUGAUCCUAACAUUUUCCCAGGCUUCACCCCCGACGGAAACGCCCUCCAUUCGGUAUACGAGGCUUUCAGGUUCACGGAAUCCUACGGUGUCAUAUUCCAGUGCAACGUGAAGUACUGCCUCGGCCCCUGCGAGCCCGCCGUCUGCGAAUGGGGCAGGGAAUCCGUCGAGUCCUGGGGAAGGCGGAGGAGAGCUGUCCCGUCGAACGACAGCGAACCCUCUGAGGACGACAUGACCCUCAGCCAGGAGAUACUUGUGCUAGACUUCGGCGAUGAGAAACAAUCACAGUUCCUGAGGAACAACGAAGCCCAUUUCGCUGAAUUUGGAAAAGAUAAGACUGUCACGAUCGUCGAACCUUGCCCGACGAAGGCGUCCGUUUUCACCCUCGGGCUCACCUGCGCACUGCUCGUCCUCCUCUACAUCGCCACGAUCUUCAGCUACUGCAUGAAGAAAUGGUUGACGCCGAGGAAGAUGAUGGCAUGAAACAUAAAGAGGAACGGUGCCUGAUUAGUGAUAUAAAUUCGUCUUGCAGACUCGCAAGACCGGACAUUAGCUUUACAACGAAAUUACAAUGAAGAUGCGACACUUGCUUUAGCAAUUAGGGCCUUAUUUAUAUACUCUUUAUUAUUUAUUUCAAAGUGUUUCCUCUUCGUUGUAAUGUUAUAACAACUGAUAGUGUGUUAUGUGUUAGACUUGGUCUGUUAAAAUUAAAAUUAUGAUUUUGUGAGUUGGUAUUUUUUCUGUAUAACGAAAUAUUCAAUUGCAUACAUUAAAAAGCCAACUCACAAAAAUAUUUUAAAAAAAUAUUUUAUAUUAAAACUAAUAAUUCUCGAAUGUGCGAAAAUUGAUAGCCAAGGGCAAAUUGGCAAAAAAAAGAGAUUAAUUUUUUAAAAGGGUUAUUCAAUUUUUUCCUGAAUUUGGCAAAGGGUGUUACACCCUGCACAGAAGCUUAAUAUUCUUUCUAAUAAAAAUGAUCAUCAAAAAGAAUCUACUGUACAUAUACGCUUUAGUUGUACAACCAUUAUUUUUUUUAUUUUUUAAUGAAAUAUGUCUAAGCAAUGACUAGGUUCAUAUACGGGUCUCCCUAGCUGGCACAAUUUAACUAGAUUUGAAUUAAUCUGCCUUGCAAAAGGGGUUGGUGAAGGGGAAAUAAAACUUUUACAACCACUGGUACUCUUGUCUCCCACCAGAACUGUCGGAUGCUUUGUAUAUCUAGUCCCUUCGAGCCUUUGAUCAGCCAGGACUUUUUUUUUUCAUCAUUUCGCCGAUACAACUGAACCGAGUACGUGCUUGUAACUGUUUACUGUCUGUCUUUCUUUCCUGUAAAUAAACAUUUUCUUUUUAUCUUGGAUAAAAUAAAGAGAAAACUGAGUGAUAAA